AUGGGUUCCGGGUGGAGGGGCAUCCUGGGCUUCGACUACGGCAUCGUGCAGGCGCCGCUGGGCCCCGACAUCUCCGGCCCCGAGCUCGCCGCCGCCGUCGCCAACGCCGGCGCCAUCGGCAUUAUCCGCCUCCCCGACUUUCCGGCGCCGGAUUACGUGAGGGAGCUGAUACGGAAGACGAGGAGCCUGACGUCCAGGCCGUUCGGGGCGGCCAUCGUGCUCCCGUUCCCGUACGAGGAGAACCUGAGGGUCGUGCUGGAGGAGAAGCUUGCAGUGCUGCAGGUCUACUGGGGUGAGUUCCCCAGGGAGUGGGUCCAAGAGGCGCACCGCGCCGGGGUCAAGGUUUUGCAUCAGGUCGGCAGCCUUGAAGAGGCAACAAAAGCUAAAGAAGCCGGUGUAGAUGGAAUAAUUGUUCAAGGGCGUGAAGCGGGGGGUCAUGUAAUUGGUCAGGAAGGAUUGAUUCCACUGUUGCCAAGAGUAGUAGAUCUUGUUUCGAACUCUGGCAUUCCAGUUAUUGCUGCUGGGGGAAUUGUAGAUGGUCGUGGCUAUGUUGCUGCAUUGGCACUUGGUGCUCAAGGUGUUUGCUUAGGAACAAGAUUCCUGGCUACUGAGGAAAGCUAUGCACAUCCUAUUUAUAAGGAAAAGGUAAUUGAGAUGAGUCGCACUGACUAUACAAAUGUGUUUGGGCGUGCUAGAUGGUCUUAUGCUCCACAACGUGUCCUGGAAACACCAUUCUAUUCUGGCUGCAAGAAUCUCCCAGAUCAGGAAACAGAGGAAAACCAACCCAUUAUUGGGCACUCUAUCAUCCAUGGUGUGCACAAGGAUAUUCAUCGAUUUGCUGGUAUUGCUCCAAACCCCACCGCGACAGGUGAUAUCGAUAGCAUGGUCAUGUACGCAGGUCAGAGUGUUGGGUUAAUCACAGAGAUCAUACCAGCCGGCGAAGUUGUCAGAAGGCUGGUCGCUGAAGCGAAGGAUGUCAUCAGAGAAAGGCUUUCUGAUUUCCAGUAA